AUUUCUUAUAGAGAAAUCAAAAAUCAUUUACUAGAAAAAAAGAACAGGAUAAAUAUCCACACUUGCAACCAUGCAAAGAAGACUCUUCUCAAAAGUAGAUCCCCCUUUUGUCUCUCUUUAAGUUUGUGUUCGUGUAAGAUCUAACCACCUCUCAAACCUUCGAAUCUGUCGCUUCUUGUUUCCAUCAACGCGCUUAUACAAGAGACUACAGCACAGAUAGAGAGAGUUUGUAUAAAAAUGCCAUUAAGAGAUGAGGUGGAGUACUCUGCAAUAGAUGAGGAUCAAGAAGAGAGAUCAUCCUACUAUGGUGGAGCCUCCAUACCAUUUGUAUGGGAGUCAAGGCCAGGCACACCCAAACACAACCACUUUUCAAAUCGCUCUUUUCUUCCGCCGCUCACGCCGCCUCCGUCGUAUUACUCCUCUUCCGGGAUUUUGUCAACGCCAAAGAGACAGAACAAGGUGAGAACAAAACUAAGUAGAAUCCUGUCUAUGUCUCUGUUCCAUGAUCUCAGGAAGAGCAGUAACAGUAGCAAGAAGACGACCAACUGUGUCUCUGGGUCAUCGUUUUCUUGGUCGUCUACGUCUUCUUCAUCUUCCUUGUCCUCCUCGCCGCCACAUUCUUUGAGAAAACCAGUGAGUCUUAGUAAAAAAUCAACGGUUCUGUAUGCUAGUUACAAAGAGCAUGAGCUUAGGUCGUCGCCGACCUCGACUCUGUGUUACUCCAAUGGUGGAAUAAAAGGGUUUAGUUCUUCCAUGGGGAGUAUGAAGAGAGCUCUGUUCUCUGUUCCUAGACAAGGAUCCACUGGCAAAGCUCUCAUCAUCGGAGACAUGAACAAAGCUUGACUAUGUGAAUCUAUUGUGUUCUUGAUUCGUUCUAUGAGCUGAUUUUGCCUCAAUGAACCAGAACGAGUACUACAAUGCUUGAUGUGUGAAUGUAAUUGUAUGAUGUAUGUAUAUUUAUAUAUAUAUAUAUAUAUAUAGCUUGUCUCU